CCAUUCCCUGUCUGCAUUAGAGGAAUUUCCACUGGAUUAAGCUGUGUUGGUGUGAGCCUGCUUUACAUCAGCGUAGCACUUCCUCAUUCGGGGCUUACACCAGUGCAGUUACCAUGACAGCGACUCAAAUUCAGCCUAGAUGGGAUUUGAAGGGUUUAAAAAUGUCAAAUGUGCAUACAGCAAAAUUAAUGGGGGAGUGGGGUUUGAGGCAGUGAGACGGGCUGGGGCAGCUGCUGUAGUUGUGAAGCUAGUGAAAUACUGUGCAGAGAUGGCAGGUAGGAGUCAGGGGCCGAGUGGGAGCAGAGCAGGCUAGAGAAUCGGAAAGAGAAGCAAUAGCGAUCGCCUCAUUAAAAUCACAAUUGUAAAAAACAAAACCAGCGUCCAGGGUCUUUUUACUGCAACCCUUGCCCUCCCUUCCCUCCUCAUUGAGUGAAAGCAACAAACAUUGCGUCUACCCCCAGUCCUGCAGGAACCAGUCGGUAAUUUCAACCAUCUUGUAGCCAGCAGUGGAUUGACUGAAACCUUCACCAAUGAGAUCAGCAGCUGCUUGAGCUCACCAGUGAGUGGAAACUAGAGGCCGAGCUCUGCUCUCUUGCCAGUUUGAGACUUCUACAGUUAGAGGUGCAUUUGGGAGCUGCGGGGAAGUUGGUGCACUGGCAGAUGGCUGCACUACUUGGCACUGGCAGCUGGUUGUGUUUGGUGCUCUCUCUCUGCGCCUGGCCUUUUGUUGAUGGGUUACGCAUCCAUGAAUAUUUAUAUUUCCAAGUGCUGAGUCCCAGAGAUAUCCGCUACAUCUUCACUGCUACUCCGGCCAAAGAUUUUGGAGGCGUGUUUAACACAAGAUAUGAGCAGAUACACCUGGUCCCGGCAGACCCUCCGGAGGCAUGCGGGGAGCUAAACAAUGGAGUCUUCAUCCAAGAUCAGAUCGCCCUGGUGGAGCGUGGGGGUUGUUCCUUCUUGUCGAAGACGCGCGUCGUCCAGGAGCACGGCGGGAGGGCAGUGAUUAUUGCCGAUAACGCGUACGACAACGACAGCUUCUACGUCGAAAUGAUCCAGGACAGCACAAGGCUGACGGCGGACAUUCCUGCUCUCUUCCUCCUGGGCAGGGAUGGGUACAUGAUCCGACGCUCCUUGGAACAGCACGGACUCCCUUGGGCCAUCAUCUCCAUCCCCGUCAACGUUACCAGCAUCCCAGCCUAUGAAACGAUGCAGCCUCCAUGGACCUUCUGGUAGUGGGGAGAGAAAGGGAAGGUCUUGGAGCCUUCUGGAUGGAUUUGUUGAAGGGAUUGGCCUUGAAGAACAGCCCCUGCCUGCCCCAAAACUCCACAAUCCAAACUCACUGGGUGAUUCCCACUGGAAUUAUUGUGUUGCAGCUGGUAGCCAGCUAAACUCCGACAUCAUCAUAUCAUUCACCGUCACUGCCGGAUGACUUCCUUAGUAACUAUUUCCGGGCAGGGAGGCAGACGCCCCAGAGUCCGAGAGGCCAGAGCGUGCUAGAGAAGCAUUUUGAGGAGCUGUCAGAUAGCAUUGCAUUGCAAACAAUGUCAGGUGUGCACGGCCAAUCUCAAGCAAAAUGGUAACGUGUGGAUAAAGCGUAAAGAGGGGAAAGAGCAAUGCACAGGGGAUCAUCCUGGGCUAACAGGACCCACCAGGUUGGCCAGAGGUUUAUAUUUUGUUGCUGAGUGGAGCCAGAAGUGUAAACUCAGGCAAGACGAGGGUGCCUGGAGGAGAGAGGAAGUGGCUCUGUGUGGGUUUGUCUUUCAGAGAUGGGGCUCAGAAGAGAGAGAUCCCUCCCAUUGAAAUCAAUGGGAGUUAGGCACCUAAAUCUCUGGGAGGAUCUGGGCUCGGACUCCGUCACGCCAAAGGGAACGAGGCUGCUGGAGCCUGAGGCUGGGCUGGAGACAGCCCAUAACCACAAGCGGAUACAGGAACGUAAAGGUCCAAAUCAACUGCAUGGGCCAGAUUCACCUCUAGCCUAAGCCAGCACAACCCCACUGGCUUCACCAGUGCACGAGCCUGACACGUUCCCUGGCAACUGCAAGGUGACGGGAGCCUCUAAUACCUUCUACUGUUCAAGGGCCUGAUCCUGUUCCCUUCACUUCAGUCAGGUCCCAAGUCUUUGGAUCUGGCCCUUGGACCAUGAUUCCCAGUGGAGGCAGGAGCGCAGCGGUUUAAUGCGAGGUGGGCGAAGCUAGCCCUGGAUUUGGAAUGUUUUGUGGCGGGCCAGAGCAGGGUGGGGCUGGCCAGGGCAGGAGGGUCGUAAAGUUCCCAGCUGGGUUCAGAUCUUGACCCCUUUUACGCCCCUAAUGCUGAGGUUGUUCCGAGCCAGGGUCUCAGCUCAGGCCCAGCUCUGCUUCUGACCCUUGGGAAGCUUUAACACGCGGCUGUUCUGAGUUAAGGCUUGGCCAGGUUCUAGGGGCUUGGGGCCGUACGCUAGAGGGCGCGGGGUCAGGGAGCCCCAAGGCUGCCUGGCUGAUGCGGGGGCAGUGCUGGGUGUAGGACCAAUCUAGACCAGUUUGGCUUUGCCCCUGGCUGGACCCCCUAUGCCUUCCCCCAGCUAGCUCUGCCUCAGACAUGAGGCCAGCAAGGGGGGAAGGGAGCAAAGAGGAAUGAGCAGAGAGCUCAGUGCAUGGAGGCUGUUUGGAGUGGGUUGGGGAGGAUGUGGGCUGCUGGGGAUGAGGAGAAGGAAGGAGUUAUAAUUAGCAACGGGGAGGAUGGUGGAGGCCCUUGGGAAUGGAGGAGGGAGAUGGGGCAGCCUUAACUCUCCCCCCCCGGCCCUGGAACCCAGUGUACAUGUGACACUCCCAUGGAUCGGAGCCUUGUCAUCGUCUCUUGAAUGCUGCAGUCAGGAUUCAUUUGUGGCCACAUGAUUUGAAGCCCAGCCUUCUGCAAGAUCCUGUAGCCCAGAGGCUGUUGCAGCAGAGGGAGCCCAGAUCACUGGCAUGUUCCAGGGUUGAUGCACUGGGAAAGUCCCCAUCAGACAGCAGGUUCCACUGACCCAGGACACACUCAGGCCCAGUGCUGCUUGCCCUGCACUCCUGUUAGCUGAAGGUGGCUGAAUGGCACUAGGGCUGCGUGGGUCUUGGCCUGGUUCAGCUUGGCUGCAGCUUUCAGUUCCUCCAUCGCUGUCACCCAGGCAGGGAGCGUGUGAACUGCAGCCCCACUCCCUGCUAACUUGUUCCUUCCAUGCUGCUGCCGGCGCUGGGCAGGCAGAUCCCACUAGAUCAUGCCCCCUCCAGCUCCCAGGACCUGUCUGACACCACAGCUGCCAGCUGGCGUUUGCCUUCAUGCUGUCGGGGCUAUAUUCAUUUGUAACAUGAACCUCUUCUUUAAUCUCUCUAAUAAAGCCUGAAGCUCUCA